AUGAUGGUUGGAUGUUCAUUCUUGAUACUUUUAUUUGAAGUCAGUAUCUUUAUUGGAAUAUCACAUCAAUUAUUUGCGGAAUUAGUUGAAAAAUUAUUAGAUAUUAAUCGAAUUGAUAAUCAAACAUUCAUAAUGAAUUUUUAUGGUUUUCAAGUUAAUUUAUUAUUAUCUCGACGUUUUCGUUUAUCUCUUUCUAUUCAAUUAGGAAUUAGUACUUGUAUAAUUUCACUUUUAAUCUUAGAUGGAUUAUUGAUGAAUGUACAAAAAUUAAAUGAUCAUGAUCUUUGUCCAACUAUUGAUCAUGAUUGUUUUGUUAUUAGAAAAAUUUUUUUAAGUCAAAGAAUUGUUUGUCAAUCUGGUUUGUCAAUAUCAAAUUUAACUUCAUUUAAUACAAUUUGUUUCGUUUGGAUUUAUAAAAAACAGACUGCUGUCGAAAUAAUUAAUCAAAUCGGCAUUUGUUCGAGUGUCUUUUCUCUAUUGUGUCAUUGUUUUAAAUAUGCUUGUCAUAUAUCACGAAGAUGGUGGGGAUUUAUUCUACUUAUUAUAUUAAUUAUAAUAUCAAAAAUCAUAUUAAUUCUUUCAUUUAUUGUCGAAAAUCCUAUCUCUAUGACUGCAAAAACACUUCUAAUAGCAUUUACGUUUCUAUUGAUAAACGUCAUUCAAUUGUUACAUUUCACACACAAUCAUCAUUAUCGCACAAAUAAAUGUGAUUGUCCAACGAACGUAUAAUCAUCACGUACUCAAUAGACUUAUUCAUAUGAUAUCAAAAUUACGCAUUAAUAGUGGAAUAAACAAUCGAAUAUUAUUGUUUACAUAUUUGACGAUCUACUUUGUUUAUUUCUGAAACAGUUUAAUAAGUCUUAAUGCACGAUCAUUAUAUUCGAUGAAUGUCAAAUAUAGAGUUUAACUAGAAGAUAUUUUUUUAAUGAUUUAUAAACCUUGACGAUUGCAUGAAUAAACUAGUCACGUUUUGAUCGAUCUAUGAUAAUCUCUUUUUUUUGUUUUCUUUCUUCAAAUGACAUUACUCAAAAUAAUUUUUUUUUGUAACUAUCAAGGCUUGUAAUCAUAAAUUUCUUUUCAAUUGUUUAUAUCAUGUGAAUGUUGCUCAAUACCUAAGAAGUUUAUUGUAUUUUUAUAAUGAAGUGAAAACAAAUAUUUAUUCUUAACAACUUAAGUUAUAUCAAUGUAUUUUAAUUCAAGACACUUUUCUUAUUCAACAUACUUAGGGUAUACCAAAAGUUCUGAUCACAGUUUUUAAAAUUUAAUAAAGCAAUAAAUAUUGAAUAUUUUACUAAGGCAAUAUAUAGUAUAACGUCUCGUCUUUAAUAAUAUAUAGAGC